UUCUGUUCCAAUAAAACUCUUGAGCAGUGUAUGUAGACGCUACUUUGUUUACCUUUAAGUUUGUAUCGUUGUGGAAAAGACGAAGAGAAAGUAAAAGGUGUUUCAAAACAAUUACAAUUCCAUACUGGUCAGGGUUUUGUUGAUCAUUUAAGCAUGUCUGAUCCACACGACGAACUGUGCCCGCCCAAUCAGGAAGAUGAUGAAUUAACUUUACCGCGUGCUAGCAUAAACAAAAUCAUCAAGGAGUUGGUGCCAUCAGUCAGAGUGGCAAACGAAAGCCGAGAGUUAAUACUGAAUUGUUGCACUGAGUUUAUACAUUUGAUCAGCUCAGAGGCGAAUGAGGUAUGCAACCAGCGUAACAAGAAAACGAUCAACGCGGAACACGUUCUGGAAGCCCUUGACCGUCUCGGCUUUAAAGAUUACAAACAGGAGGCGGAAGCGGUGUUAAAUGACUGCAAACAAGUAGCCGCUAAGCGACGCCGUCAGAGCACUCGACUGGAAAAUCUUGGCAUUCCGGAGGAAGAACUACUUCGCCAGCAGCAGGAGCUUUUUGCUAGGGCACGGGAAGAGCAAGCAGCUGCGGAACAGCAACAAUGGUACAACGUCCAGACGGCAACUCUACAAAAUGCCGAGGUUUUCCAAAAACAAAUGUCACAAGAAGAAGACGAUAGUGAUGAUUACUAAAUGGAAGGUUUGCAAUCAAAUCUUUUUGUUUCGAAUAGAAGGAAAGAA